AUUAACUCCGGGUGGGCGUCGAGUGUGGGACUUCCAAGAAGCGCAGAACGCGACGCCUCGGAGGAACAUAGCGGGAGAUGUUUUAGAUGUCGUCUGCUCGGAGCGUCGUCUGCUCACGUCACCUGCUGCACAUGUCGUCUGCCGCGGAAAGAUACCGACAGUCUGACAACUUGUGAUUUAUAAAUCUUCUUGGACAAAAGCCAUUAUAUGAUACUCUGAGAAGGGGUUGUGUUUUUCAGUUUUCAUUUCACGUAAAUUGUUGAAUAUUAAAGGACUGUCGCGGUUGUAAACGUUUCAUGGCGGUUCUUGUGGUAAAAAGUGACGAUCACCGAGUUCGGUGGUAGGAAGAUGAACUGGAUAUCACAUUUGACUUCUGACAACGCCAUUCCUUCUCGCCUUCGUUGACGACGACGCCUGCAGCGGGGAUGGACGUGCACACCCGACGUCUCCUGCCGUUCCUGGUCUGGCUUCACGUGUCUGGAGUAUCCGGAUCCUCCUUCAUCACGACAGUCGAUUAUGGGCUGACGACAUUGGCCACAAACACCACCAACACUGCCGACUGUGUGUGUGACUGCAGCGCGUUUGUCGCCAUGUUUAACCUGACCCAUGAACAGCUUGAGAUCGAGAUUAAACGAAUAUACAGCAGACUCUUACUCAAUAAAGAAAACAUUUCCGCUACAGUCCGGAAGCGCAUCAGUGUCCCGGAUUCUCGUCCGUCCGCGCAGUCGAUUGGCUAUGUGGGGAUCCUUGUUCUCGUGGCGUCACUCGGCAGUAUCGUCGUCCUUGACUUUACGACGUUGUUGCGAGAUGUCAAGGUCGCAGUCGUCAAUCUGAGAAAGUUCAUGACACGGGACGAUGUGAGUGACACGACCUAUCACAGCGUUGCCUCGGGAUCAGGAGCAAAUAGGCCUGAGGAGAAACACGUUCGUUUGUCCAUGAACUGAUUUCAACGACACUGUAUUUAUUUGUUUUGUUGUGUUUCAAAACGUAAUUUGUUUUGUUGCGUGUUUAUUUAAAACGUGGAAUAUGUUUUUUAUACUGUUAAUAACGGUUUAUUGUUUCUCCGAUAACAGCAAUUGGCACGCCAUCGUUCAUCAACGUGGGACCUGCAAGCCCUGUGCGAAACAGCAUUGUUGAAUAAUAGUUUAAAAACUAUGAUGUGAUAUUGUCAGCUGUUUCGAGUGAAUGAGUGAGUACACCACUUUCAGCAAUAGUUAAGCAACAUCAUGGCGAUGGACACCGGAAAUGGGCUUCACACAUUGUUCCUAUGUGGGGAAUCGAACGAGGGCUUCAGGCGUAACGAGCGGACUUUUACCCGCUUGACUACCCCACCUCUCGAACUGUUUCCAACUGUUUAGUGUUAGUUUUGCGUCGAUGUAGCAGGGUGGUGGAGGCAGGUGGGUGCUUUUGAGAGGGGAUCACAGUCGGAGUGCAAUGGGACGGUAUGCGAUUAUAUGGGACCGGAAGUUGACUGGGAGUUGACCCGGCAAUAAUUACGAUCUCAGUUGGAAUGGACAUGGAGUGGAUAAUUUCAUAACCGUUUUAUUUAUUUUUUAUUUGUGUGAACUUAUUGUCUCUAUGAUGUGACCGUCGGUCAUACAUUUAGCAGUGUCUGAAAUGACUAUGAAUUAAUGUAAUCCGAUGUGUA